AUGACAUCCAUGGAGAACAGAUCUGAGGUGAAUGAGUUCAUCCUUACAGGAUUAACAGAUGAUCCAGAGCUUCAGAUUCCUCUCUUCAUAAUGUUCACCCUCAUCUACCUCAUCACCCUGGUAGGGAACCUGGGGAUGGUAGCUCUGAUCUCCGGCGAAUCCUGCCUCCACACCCCCAUGUACUUUUUCCUCAGUAACCUCUCUCUGGUGGAUUUUAGCUACUCCUCAGCUGUUACUCCCAAGGUGAUGGCUGGGCUCCUCACAGGGGACAAGGUCAUCUCUUAUAAUUCAUGUGCAGCACAGUUAUUCUUCUUUGGGGCCUUUGUUGUUACUGAAAGUUUCCUCUUAGCCUCCAUGGCCUAUGAUCGCCAUGCAGCUAUCUGCAAACCUCUACAUUACACCAACACCAUGACAUCAACUUUAUGUACCUAUCUGGCCACUGGUGCAUAUGCCUGUGGCUUUCUGACUUCCUCCAUAGUCACAGGAAACAUGUUUAGCCUUUCCUUCUGUAAAUCCAACAUAGUCCAUCACUUUUUCUGUGAUAUUCCCCCUCUCCUAGCUCUCUCUUGCUCUGAUAUUCAUAUCACUGAGUCACUAGUCUUUAUUUUAGGGUCACUGAAUACCUUUUUCCCAUUUCUUGUCAUCUUUGCUUCUUACUUGUUAAUCUUCAUCACCAUCCUGAAGAUCCAUUCUACUGAAGGACGCCAGAAAGCCUUCUCCACCUGUGCUUCCCAUCUCACAGCAGUGUCCAUAUUUUAUGGGACCGUCAUCUUCAUGUACUUCCAACCCAGCUCAAGCCAUUCCAUGGACACAGACAAAAGGGUGUCAGUGUUCUACACCACAGUCAUCCCCAUGUUGAACCCUCUGGUUUAUAGUCUUAGGAACAAAGAUGUCAAGAAUGCUUUUAGGAAACUUGUCCUCAGGAGUAAAUGA